GUCUGUACUCACCAAAGGGGGACAGCAAAAGGCAUUGAGCGAAGUGGUCGGAACAGUGUACGGUCAUACAGGCAGUGAUCACUGUAGCUAGAGGAAGCGCUAGUAGCACAUACUUUCGUCAGCGGUCGGGGCACCAACUACGCGACUAAACACCACCACUAGUUCUCUCUUGUUGCGUACGGAGAUCUGAAAGACCGAGGAGUAGAGAGCUCAUUCAGCUACAGUCACUCAUGGCUCUGUGUAACGGAGACACCAAGCUGGACAUCAGCAGUGCUGAGCCCCAGAAUGGUUCUUGUGAGGGGGCGGUGGUGAUCCUGGAUGCCGGGGCUCAGUACGGCAAGGUGAUCGACAGGCGGGUCAGGGAGCUGUUUGUCCGCUCAGAGAUCCUGCCUCUGGAGACGCCAGCAUUCGCCAUCAGAGAGCAAGGCUUCAGAGCGAUAAUCAUCUCCGGCGGACCAAACUCUGUGUAUGCAGAGGAUGCCCCCUGGUUCGACCCGGCCAUAUUCACCAUCGGAAAGCCCGUGCUGGGCAUCUGCUAUGGCAUGCAGAUGAUGAAUAAGGUGUUCGGAGGCACGGUGCACAGGAAGAGCGUGAGGGAGGAUGGAGUGUUCAACAUCGGGCUGGACAGCACCUGCUCGCUCUUCAGGGGCCUGCAGAAAGAAGAACUGGUGCUGUUGACUCACGGGGACAGUGUGGACAAGGUGGCAGACGGCUUCAAAGUAGUAGCCCAGUCAGGGAGCAUCAUUGCGGGCAUCGCCAACGAGCAGAAGAAGCUGUACGGGACCCAGUUUCACCCAGAGGUGGAUCUGACAGAGCGGGGCAUUGAGAUGUUACGCAAUUUCCUGUUCGAGAUCGCCGGCUGCAGCUCCAACUUCACUGUCCAGAAUCGCCAGCAGUCCUGCAUCCAAGAGAUCCAGGAGAAAGUCGGCAAGUCCAAAGUGCUGGUUCUGCUGAGCGGUGGCGUGGACUCCACCGUGUGCACGGCCCUGCUGAACAAAGCGCUGAACCAGGAACAGGUGAUCGCGGUGCACAUCGACAAUGGCUUCAUGAGGAAGAGGGAGAGCCAGACGGUCGAGGAGGCGCUCACCAAGCUGGGCAUCAACCUCAAAGUGGUGAACGCGGCACACACCUUCUAUAACGGCACGACGACCCUGCCCAUCUCCGACGAGGACCGGACCCCGCGGAAGCGCAUAAGCAAGACCCUGAACAUGACCACCAACCCUGAGGAGAAGAGAAAGAUCAUCGGAGACACCUUCGUCAAGGUUGCCAAUGAGGUGAUCGGGGAGAUGAACCUGAAGCCGGAGGAGGUGUUCCUCGCCCAGGGCACGCUAAGGCCCGACCUCAUCGAGAGCGCAUCCCACCUCGCCAGCGGCAAGGCAGAGGUCAUCAAGACGCACCACAACGACACAGAGCUCAUCCGCAAGCUCCGAGAUGAGGGAAAAGUCAUUGAGCCUCUGAAGGACUUCCAUAAGGAUGAGGUGCGGGCACUUGGCAGAGAACUGGGACUGCCAGAGGAGAUUGUCUCUCGGCACCCUUUCCCUGGCCCCGGCCUAGCCAUCAGGGUGAUCUGUGCGGAUGAGCCCUACAUCUGUAAGGACUUCGCCGAGACCAACAACAUCCUGAAGAUCAUCACAGACUUCUCUGCCAUGGUCAAAAAGCCACACACUUUACUGCAGAGGGUGAAGUCGUGUAUAUCAGACGAGGAAGAGGAGAAACUCCUGCAGAUCACCAGCCUUCAUUCACUCAAUGCCUUCCUGCUGCCGAUCAAGACCGUCGGAGUCCAGGGUGACUGUCGUUCCUAUAGUUACGUGUGUGGGGUCACCAGUAAAGAGGCUCCACACUGGGAAUCCCUUAUGUUCUUGGCCAGACUCAUCCCUCGUAUGUGCCACACCAUAAACAGAGUCGUGUAUGUAUUCGGGUCCCACGUUAAGGAGCCGCCCACGGACAUCACUCCCACCUUCCUGACCACGGGCGUUCUCAGCACACUCAGGCAGGCCGACUUCGUGGCCCACUCUAUCCUCAGAGAGUCUGGUUACUCCGGUAAGAUUAGUCAGAUGCCAGUCAUCCUGACCCCUCUGCACUUUGACCGCGACUCCUCGCAGAAGCAGCCGUCCUGUCGGCGCUCCGUGGUCGUCAGAACCUUCAUCACCAGCGACUUCAUGACCGGGAUCCCGGCGACGCCAGGGAACCACAUCCCCGAAGAGGUGGUGCUGAAGAUGGUGAAUGAGAUCAAGAAGAUCCCUGGCAUCUCCCGGGUGAUGUUUGACCUGACAUCCAAACCCCCUGGCACAACAGAGUGGGAGUAGAGCUUAAUAAUGAGAGGGAGGCAGAAGGAGUGGCAAUCUCCUCUCUCCCUCUCCUCCUCCACCCUUUCUCUCUCCCAACACCUCUGCACUCCUUUGGCCUGCCCCCCCAUCACCCAAUCACACCUCUCCUUUUCCGUUCCCGUCCCUUUUCUCUCUAGAACAUUCCCACGGAAAGCAGGCAGUACUGUGAUCAGCGCACACCUGAAGCCGCUACACUGCUCCCCCCCACGUUUUUUUUGUUGGGGGUUGUAUUAUUGUUAAUAUUGAUGACUGUUCAUCAUUCUUUUUUGGAAUCUGUUUCUUCAUGCGUGACAAUGCAUUAUUUUUCUUCUUUGGUAGAAGUGCUGCUUUUUGGAUUUAGGCCGUUUAGAUCAAGGGUUAAGGAUCAGAGAGUUCAGGAAGUGGAUCAUGUACACAGCGUGCCACCAUUUGCAGUAUGAGAACAAGAAUACAACAAAGCAAAACAACUUGUUUGACAUAAAGGAGUAGGAAGAGCAGCAACUAGCCAGUGGUUUAAAAUGUCAUCAGUUUUUGGAUGUUUUUUCUCCUCCAGUUCUGACAAACUUAACUUUGGUAUUGUCAGAUGACUUUUUUUGCUCCGAGAUGAUUUUUACUCAUCCAUUUCUGUUCCAACGUUAUACUGUGCAAAGAGGCAGGGGCUGCCUGUCCGGAGUAAAUCAGCAGAAGAACUGACCAAUUACUAUUUUUUAAACAUUUAUUUUUUGCCAAAUGUAGAUAAGCUGUGCUGGUUACUUAACUCUUGUUGACGAUUGACUUAAAUGAAAAUUGUGAUUGUUAAGCUACCAACAGUGGUCAUCAGAAAAGAGAUGUUUAUUAUGACAGAUGUGUAACUGUGCAGGAAGCCCCCGAAAUGACGGGGUGUCCUUUUUUGUGCCUGUUCCUUAUCUUUUCUCUUUUUUGACACUCGCCCCCUGACUGGGAAGAACUGUUUUUUCAUGCUGCAAUAUAUGCUUUUUAAGAGAAACUAGGUGGACUGAGAUGUUAGUAUAGUAAAACAAAAACAUUGUGUGAACGUCUUUGUUGUCAUCAUUGUCAAACUGGCACAUGGCAACUUUUGCACAUUUUCUUUUUACCCAUAAAGCCUUGGUGCUUUCCUAACGUGUAGAGAAGGGAUAGUUUUCAGUCGAAAGGUGAAUGGAUUUUAAAACCCAAUCAAGAAACAUCUCCCUUUAUAGUGUCAAAGGUCAAAUUAAAGACUGGCAGUGACCAUUUUGAAAGUUGAAACUACUUGAGGACUCCUGAAUAGGCAUUCCCAGUUACCUGGCUCUCUGUUAAAUGUUUUCAACACUCAUUUGCUGAGCUAGUCAGGACUCCGUGUUUAAUGGGGCCUGAAGCAAGCAUCUCUGUCUACCCAAUGUCAUUGGUUCCAUUUUACUGUGCGGUGACAUGCAUCUAUUUAUUGUCUUUGUAUUGCUCAUUGUCAAUACUAUGUUGUCAUUUUAGCGAAAAUACCCAAUGCCUGUUCGUUAAAUGUCUUAAUUGCCACUUGUUCAUAGUGUCUCUCCCUCUGUGUUGCCUUUUGACGUGUGUAUUUUAUUAUGCAUAUGUCUGCUUGGAAAAUGAAAAUUGCUUAAUUAAUGGAUGUUUAAUUUUGUAGUUGGAUUUUACUGCAAUAUUGAAAUAAGAUUAAUUUAUGCAAUUCUGUCACAUACUUUUUGUUUUUGUUUAAACUGAUCAAUGCUAAUUAUUCCUUAGUAACGUGCCUCAAACAAAGCCACCGCAUGCAGUUUCAACUAAGAAAUUUGUAUAAUGAAAAACAGAGCUUUAAUAAAGAACUCCAUGUUGAAUCUUC